UAAUAUGUCAACCAGUAAUUUGAACAUACACUGUAGUUUGGAUAUAAGCCUUUGAAUAAUCUUGCAGCCUUCGAAUUUCUAUUGGUCUUGAGUACUAACUGGGCACUUGAUCAAGUGAACCCUGAUUGGAUCAGACGCUACUAGAUAUUUGAAACUUCCGUGCAUAGUUUAUAAAUCUCCUUUGUUUUCAAUGAUUACUACUCAUAUUGAAGAAUAAUCGAGUUAAAAGCAAAAUUGCUUUAAAUUAUAAUAUAUGUAAACGGGAUAAGCUUGCUUUUUUAUACUUUUUAAAUGAGAAAAAUAAAAACUACAGGAGCACAAAGUCAUACUAGUAAUAUCGAGUUUGCACUUGUCCUUUACACAGAGCAUACUAAACAAUGAAGUUUAAUAAUAUUACAAGAAAAGAACAGGGGUGUUAAUGUUUCAACUAGGAUUUGUAAAUCUAUGAAUCAGGACUAUUAUUGAUCUAAUACAUCUUUGUAUUUCAGCAUGAUGGUUUUAUCAAGAGUUUUCCUCACAUUUUUUCUAGUUUGUGGAGUUUGGGCUGGAAAUGAGACAUUUAAGAAAACAAAAUUGGACAAAGAUGCAUUUAUCCAGCUGGUUGAACCUAUGGUGUUACAGACAGAAAUCAUGUGUUCAGUUGAAUGUCUGCUAUUGGAUGAUUGUACUGCAUUUACUUUCGAGGAGAGCAUCUGUAGGGUCGGAUAUAUUGAUUGUGCUUCGGGGAAACAGAACUCAUUAUUAUAUUUAUUUCUACUCUCUUCUCUACAUGUAGUUGAUGGUUGUCCUAUCUGCUUUACCAGGUCAGCUGGUAUCUGCUGGAUGAGAACCAGUUCCGGGAUAAAGAAAACAUGGCAGGGAAUGGUGAAUUUUUGUGAAUCUGUUCACAGUUUUAUACCUAUGCCAACCAACCAAGAUAUGAUCAACACAAUUCUAAGUAUUACAAACUCUGAACCUGUUUGGUUGGGAUCCAAAAAUGUAAUGAAGACAAUGACUGGUAAAUGGUUGGAUGGUUCUGAAUAUGCACUCAACAAUGGAAAGAGGGCUCAGAAGAACUGUAUUUAUAUGGACUCCAGUUUGGAUGACCAGAACUGUGCUAAUGUGUUACCAGGGAUAUGUGUCAAACCACAAUAGAGUUCUCUUCAUAAAAAGCAUGGAUACAUGUUGACUCUGCAUGUAUGACUGCAGGAAAAAAAUGGAAUAAAUUGAAAAAAAAUAAUCUUGUAUUAAUUUGCAGUAUAAUGAUGUUUAAUGAAUAAAUACCAACAAUUUGGU